AUGGGUGUUUAAUAAAGCAAUACAAAUGAAUGUGUUUCAUUCUUGUCAAAUAUGAAAAUGAUCUAAGAAAAAGGAAAUUGCAGAGUUUAUGAGAAUUAAAAGAACUAAAAAUUUGAUUAUAAAGAAUUUAAAUCAAGUGAAACUUCAUUUAAGGAUGAGUUAGAAGUAGGAAAAGAAAUUUAGAACUAAAAUUAUUCAGGAAUUGCUAAAAUUGAAUAGAUUGAAGUUCAAACAUUAGAAAAAUGGUAUACAAACUAUUUUACUUUAUGUCUUUUAACUGAACAUCCAACCUAUUCACUUAAAGAGUAUUGUUAAAGAAAAGAAAAAUAUUUAACUUAUUAAUAAAUAACAGAACUUCUAGUCUCAAUUUCAGGAGCAUAACAUAUUUUAGGAAUGAAAAAACAAUAUUUAAGCUUUGAUAACAUAUUUACUAACGAUGGAAAUAUUUGGAAACUUAAGCCAUUUUUUGAAUCAGAAUCCUCAUAUGAGAAAUUGAUGAAGUUUAAAGCUCAAAAAAUAGUUGAUUUCGAAUUAAAUAGUUUUCCUGCUCCUGAAGAAUUUGAAGGCAAAGUAUGUGAUCCAGAUAGAGUUCAAGUUUUUGGUCUUGGUAUAAUUAUUUUAGAAUUAAUUACAAGUAAAAAGGAUAUUAUCUUAUAGAACAGAAAAGCAGUAAUUUAUAUUAAGAAUAUAAAUUAAAUGAAACUCUACUUUCUUAGCGCAUUUAGGCUAUUUUAAACGUGAAAAAUCAAUUUUCUGGGAAUGUUAUUGAUAUAAUUAUAGAUAUGAUUGAUACAGAUUUAGUGAGAAGACCUAAUUUUUAAUAAUUAGUGAAAAAACUGAAGUCUCCUUCAUCUAAAAUAGUAUGUAUUUAAACUAAAAUGGGUGAUAUACAAGAGAUUAGUAAAUUACAUUAAAGUAAUUCGAUUAAUUUGUUUGGUUCUAAAAAUUUUAGUCAAAUAGAACAAUAAAAACUCAGUCAAGCUUUAGAAUAAGCAUAAGUUUAAAUUUCUGAUAGCAUUAAAAAAAUGAAAAAAUAAUAGGAAAGCAUUAGAUACUCAUAAAUAAGACAUGAAUAGAACGGUAAUGAAUAUUAGGGUGAAAUUGUAAAUAAUUUAUAUUAAGGAAAUGGUAAUUAAUCAUAUUAAAUAGGUCGUCUAAAAUCUAAAUCAGGAGAUUUGAUUUAUGAAGGGGAAUUUUUAAAAGGUUAAUAUCACAAUUUUGGAGUUCAAUACUUUUACAAUACAAAUAAAUUGUAAAAAAGUUAUGAUUUUUAAAAUUGUUAAGAUAUCAUGAAAUAUGCUAAACAAUAUGAGGGAUAUUUUUAAUUAGGAAUGUAAGUUUUUUUAAAUAUUUUAGGAAACAUGGAGAUGGUAAAUUGAUUUUAAAUAAUGGAGAAUAUUAUAUUGGAGAAUUUAGAAAUGAUUAAUUAAAUGGAUGUGGUUAAUUUGAUUAAUUAACAAAGAAUAGAGUAAUAGGUUUUUGGAAUAAUGGAAUAUUAAGAUCAACUCCAACAUUUUAAAAAGAAUUUACAUCAAUUUAAUCUCCUCAUUUUUCUAAUGAAUCAAAAAUUCCAGAUGAAAUUUAAAAAUAACCAUAAACUUAGAUAAAUUCUGAUCUUAUGCCACAUCAUUAAGGAGAUUUUGGAGUUGAAACAUCAUAAAUAUAAUUUAAUGGUAUAAGCAAACUUUAAUCUUGUAAAAGCUUAUUGGAAGCUUCAAUUAAUAAUCAUUAAUAAUAUUUCAAUUUUAAGUAGUCUUAAAAUAAAAAAGAUUAUAAAUUAUAUUAUGAUGAAACAAAGACUAUGUUAAAAUAUGAAGGGUAACUUUUUACUGGUUAGAUGCAUGGAAGAGGCACUUUAUAUUUUAAGGAUGGAAGAGUUCAUUAUGAAGGAGAUUUUGUGGCUGGGAAUUAUGAAGGGUUUGGAAUUUUAUUUAAUGAAAAACCAGAAAUAGAGAUGAAUAUAAAUUAUAAUGAUUUAAGAGAUGUUAACAUAAAGGGAUGGUGGAAAAAAUAUGAAGGAACAUUUUAGAAUGGAUAGUAUAAUUAUAAAUUAUAAUUAAAGGAAAGAAGGUCAUGGUUAUUGGUAUUUGACUGAUGAUUCUGUUGUAUUAGGGCUAUUUUAAAAUGAUUAAGUUCAUGGAGAAGGAUACUUAAAAAGACCUAAAAUUUAAGAUGUUUAUGCAGAAUGGUAAAAUGGAAUCCUUUAGCAAGUUAGAUAAGGCAAACUAUGAAAUCAUAUAUAUUUUUAUUAUUAA